AUUUAUCAAUUAUUAGUUGUUUAUUUAUUUAUUAUAUAAAGUGGGAGAGGGAGGGGGAGUGGGGAUGUGCUGUGCAAGGUUUUUAGGGCUCAGAAGCUCUCACUCACUCUCCGAAUCUCUUCGCCCUUCCGAGAAUCCUCGAGAAGAUUCAUGUCAAACUCAACUAACUCAUCAUCAGUCGAGCCUGCACUUCUGAGUGAGAAUGUGCAGAUGCUGGCUGCGGUCGAUGACGACCACGGCGGUGUGAUUGUCGAAAUGAGUAAGCCGAUGGAUGCCGAAACUUUUGCUUCUUCGUUGCGAGCAUCUUUAUCUGAUUGGAAGAACAAGGGAAUAAAAGGUGUCUGGAUAAAGUUGCCCAGAGAGCUUGUUAAUCUUAUUCAACCUGCUCUUGAGGAGGGAUUUUGGUUCCACCAUGCGGAGCCGAGUUAUCUGAUGCUUGUCUAUUGGAUUCCUAAUACAGAACAUAAUACAAUACCCGCGAAUGCUAGUCACAAGGUGCGCAUUGGCGCUUUCGUGAUGGACGAUCGGCGACAGGUGCUGGUGGUCCAAGAAAAGAAUGGUAAACUUCGCGGCUUGGGCGUGUGGAAGCUUCCAACAGGAACGGUCGAUGAAGGCGAAGAUUUACAUGUUGGAGCAUUGAGAGAAGUGAAAGAAGAGACAGGGAUAGACACUGAAUUUGUUGAAGUUCUCGCGUUCAGGCAGAGUCACAAAUCGUUAUUCGAGAAGUCGGAGCUGUUCUUCCUCUGCUUGUUACGCCCGCUUUCGUUUGAAAUUCAAAGGCAGGAAUCAGAAAUCGAUGCAGCAGCGGUAAUGACAAACUUGACAUGGAUGCCGAUCGACGACUUCAAAGCGCAACCAUUUGUCCAGAACAAUGAUAUCUGGAAGCACAUGGUCGAAAUUUGUUCGGCGCGGGUCGACGGGUCUUACACCGGAUUCUCGUCGACUUACCUACGAUCGACGUUCACCGAUUCGUGGAAUUAUCUGUACUGGAACCAAGGAAACCGCGACCCGCAUUCGAGGGCUAGUAACAUGAACAAUAACAGCUAAAUUUUCUGUUUGCAGUAUCAGAUGAUCACAAUGGUUUUUGUUUACACUAUUCUUAUAAAUGUUUUACUUAAUUUAUCUAAUUUGUGUUGAUUUUGUUGUCCUAAUGUAACUAAUGUAUGCUUAUGAUCAAAUUUCAAUGUAAUUUUAGAAGUUUCU